AUGGCGGACGGCGCGCCGCCGGAAGAGGACUUCAAUGCUAUUCCUAUCGCGGACAGGCUCGCCCACAAAAACUGGAAGGCACGCGUUCAUGCGUACGAGGCUCUCGUGAAGACAUUCCAAACCACUGCGUCCGACUCCGAUCCCGCCUUCAAGCCGUAUAUCAACCAUCCCGACACCCUCAAGAAGAUCGCUCUCGAUGCUAAUGCAGUCGCGCAGGAGAAAGGACUCGAGUGUCUGGUCGCCCUCGUGAAGUUCGCUGGGGAGAAUGCUGCUCGCACGCGAGAAGUGGUCAUGCCGGCGCUGGUAGAGAAGUGCUUCGGUUCCUCGCGCGCCGGAACCAAAGCGCAAGCACUGGAGCUGUCAUUGCAAUAUGUAGAGGUGGAGAAUAGCGCGGCUGGCGUUGUGGACAGUAUCCUGCCGGGAUUGGGCGCGAAGCAGCCCAAGACUGUAGCGGGAUGUGUCGCUGCCAUCAAGGAGAUUGUCAGGCAAUUCGGAACGACGAUAGCGCCACCAGCAUUGGCUUUGAAGGCCCUUCCCAAGAUCUUCGCGCAUUCUGACAAGACCGUCCGCGCUGAAGGAACGCAGCUCACCUAUGUUCUCUAUCAGUACAUUGGGCCCGGCAUCGAGUCGUGGCUAGCGGACCUCAAGCCUCUCCAAGUCAAAGAGCUGAAGGAGGCUUUCGAGGGGUUGGAGAAGGAGGGGAAGGGGCGGGGAAGUCUUAAGCCCGAACGAAUGACCAGAGCUGGUGCAAGGGAGGCCGAGGCCGCCGCAGAGGCAGGCAUUGACGCAGAGGAAGCAGCACCUGCAGAAGAAGAAGCCCCGCCUGAUCCAAGGAUGUUCGCGGAGGAAGUGGACAUUGUCCCCAAGCUCCCGGCUAACUUCACAGCGUCGCUCAAGUCUUCCAAAUGGAAGGAGAGAAAAGAGGCCCUGGACGAGCUUCUUAACGUCGUGAACGCCUCACCUCGGAUUAAGGAAGCUUCAGAGCUCGGCGAAGUCGUUCGGUCGUUGGCAGUUUGCGUGCAGAAGGAUGCGAAUAUCAACUGCGUUAUGGUCGCAGCGGGCUGCUUGGAGGGGAUGGCUAAAGGCAUGAUGGGAUCUUUCGCAAGAUAUCGGGAGAGCAUUGUGCCUCCCAUGCUUGAGAGGCUGAAGGAGCGGAAAGUGACCGUCACGGAUGCUAUCGGCAACGCCCUAGACGCGAUCUUUGUUACCACAACCUUGACAGAUAUCCUCCCCGAUGUACUUCCCGCGCUCAACAACAAAAACCCGCAGGUCAAGGACGGCACUCUCAAGUUCAUCGCCAGAAGUCUGUCUACAUCGCCCACUCCGAUUCCAACUCCCCAGAUCAAGCCGCUUUCGGAGGCUUUGGCCUCUCUGCUGGAGGACCCCUUCGAAGGCGCCCGAACCGAGGCUGCAAUUUGUUUGGGCACCUUGAUGAAGAUGGUUGGGGAGCGACCGCUCAAUGCCUUGAUGGACAGCCUAGCAGAUAUGAGGAAGGUCAAGGUCAAGGAGGCUUUCGACACUGCCAAGGUCAAGGCGAAGGUGGGAGCCGCCGCCCCGCCCAAACCGGCUGCUCCUGGUUCGAAGGAGCAAGCGAAGAAGAAGCCUCCGCCCGCGAAACAACCGCCGACAACCGCGCUCCCGGCGGUUCCCAAUGAGGAUGAAUUCCCGCCCGAGAACAAACCGGUGAAGAAGCCUCCCGCACGUCUCAUGGGGAAGAAACCCGCGGCAGCCGGGUCCGAAGGAGGUGCUUCCACGGCUGCGGCCGCCCCCAAGAAACCUCCAGCUGCUGCUGCUGUCGCCGCGGCUGCAGCUGCAGCUAAACCCGCUAAAGGCGGCGCCGCCCCCGGCCCUGGCGCUCUCGACAACGUCAAGUUCAAGCAUACACCCGAGGAUGCGGAAGCGCUUGCGGCUGAGGUCAUUCCAGCUAAGUAUGCCACUGAGCUCGGCGACGCGAACUGGAAAACGCGUUUGGCUGCACUGGAGGACAUGACGGGGUGGAUGGAAGGUGCCGCCGCGGAACUAGAUUCCGAAGUCGUUGUACGCUUCUUGGCGAAGAGGGGAUGGAACGAGAAGAAUUUCCAGGUCUCAGCCAAGCUGUACGGUAUUCUUCAGAUUCUCGCGGAUCGGUGUCCUACCUUUGGCCGACCUGCUGUUGCUAUCUGUGUGCCUCAUCUCAGUGAGAAGCUGGGCGACAUGAAGCUCAAGAAGCCCGCCGGCGAGACCCUCCUGCUAUUCGCCGAGAAGACGUCGUUACAGUUCGUCUUAGGUCAUACGUAUGAGCCGCUGUCGAAGCAGAAGGCACCGAAGGUCUUGGCGGAUGCUCUCACGUGGAUGGAACAGGCACUCUCAGAGUUCGGUAUCGCCGGGCUAUCACUGCGAAGCCUCAUUGAAUUCUUGAAGGCGGCACUGAAGAACUCGAACGCUGCAGUGCGUACUAGCGCUACGAAGACCCUCGUGACAGUGAAGUUGUUUGCCGGAUCAUCGAUCAAGGACCUUCUAGAGGACCUAAAUCCUCAACUGCUCGGGACAAUCUUGAGCGAAUUCGAGAAGGUUGAGGGUAACUCAGCGCCAGAACCGACCCGCAUAUCGGCAGACCUUGCGAACUUCGUGCCGGCUGGCGCUGCUCCUGGGAAGGCGAGCGCAGCCGCCGGUGCAGAUCCGCUGGACGACUUGUUCCCCCGGGUAGAGAUUGACAGCUUGUUGAAGGGCACGACCAUCCUCACGGAUGCGAAGAGUGAUUCUUGGAAGUCGAAGAAGGAAGCUCUGGAGACCCUCCAGGCUAUCUUAGAUCAGGGCGCAAACAAACGGUUGAAACCGUCCAUGGGCGAGAUCGAGCAAAUCCUGAAGGCUCGCGUGACGGACACCAACAAGGCAGUGCAGAGCCUUGCGCUGGAUAUCGUCUCGCGGAUUGCUACUGGUAUGGGAAAGCCUUUCGAAAGGCAUACGCGUUUUUUCGUCGCCCCCGUCGCCUCUGUUCUUGCCGACCAGAAAGCGCCAAUCCGUGCCGCAGGAUUGCAGGCUCUGACAGCUAUGCUCGACGCAUGCGAAAGUUUCGAGCCUCUGAUUCCUGGCAUCGCCACCGCCCUAGAAUCUACGAACCCGCUGCAGCGCGCUAACUUGUUCACCUGGAUGGCCGACUACUUCAAGGAGCAUGGUCCGCCCGCUGGGCUCGACUUGAACAGCUGGGCGGCCCCUAUAGUUGUCUCUCUCGACGAUAGGAACGCAGACGUUAGGAAGGGGGCACAAGCGUUACUGCCUACGCUAAUUGCGUCUGUUGGAUACGACGUCGUCAUGCACCAAGCCAGUACGCUCAAGCCUGCGUCGAAGUCCACCGCCGUUCCCCUCAUCCAAGCUGCACGCGCUGCCGCCGCCCCACCGAAGCCUGCCCCCGCUCCGGCUGCUCCCAAAGCCAAGGCUGCCCCGCCCAAGGCGUCCCCAGCCAGCGUCAGCCCAGCGCCUUCCGCUCCGUCUCCCCCUCCUGCUGCCGAACCAUCUUCGAAGAUGGCACCUGCGAGCAAGUUGACCGGUGUCCGCCGAAAACUCCCCCAAGGGACGCUCUCUCGUCCCGAGUCACGGGCUGAAACGCCAGUAGAGGCCGGCACCUCUCGUCUUCCUAGCAAGCUUGGUGGUCCCGGACUCAAGAGGCCCGGUGCAGGCGCUGGUGGGCCGUCGAAGCCUGCGGCUCCCGCAGCGCCAGAGCCCUCGGCCAACAUGAUCUUCACUAGCUCGAAUGCCGACACGAAGCGGUUGCGGCUUGCCAAAGACGCCAACAGGUGGGUGAUCGAGAGCGGCCCGACGCGCAAAGACCUCGCCGAACUCCUCCAACACCAGAUGGAGCCACAUGCGUCGAGGGAACUGUUGGCACUCCUCUUCAGCCACGACCACAAUGCUGUGAACGACCAUGUCUCCGGGUUGACCAUGAUCCAGGACUUCUACACAAGUGCACAAACUGGAGACGACAGGCAACAAGCCAUAUGCAUCGCGAAUUCCGACCUUGCCCUGAAGUUCGUGUCUCUCAAAGUCCACGAGCCCCAGUCCAAUCUCGUGCAGAAAUGUAUGGACGUGAUCGACGCCGUCCUCGCAUUCCACCAGAGUGUAGACUACCAGCUUUCCGACCAGGAGGCGAUGUGUUUCAUUCCAACCGUCUCUCACAAGCUUGGCGACGCUAGAGAACCCGUCCGCGCGCGGGUUUCCCACAUCAUCCAAACGCUACCUAAGGUCUAUGCCUACAGCCGUGUCUUCCAGCUCUUGCUUGAGCACAGUCGCACGUCGAAGGUCGCAAAGACGCGCCAAGGGACCUUGGACGAGCAAGCGAGCUUGCUGAAGCGGUUUGGAAUCGGUGCUUGCGAGCCUGCGAAGGCCUUCCCGGUUAUUGCAAGCAUGAUCUCAGACAAGGACCCAACAGUGCGGAAGUCCGCGCUCCUCGUACUCAGCGAGGGAUAUGUACUUGUCGGCGAAAAGAUCUGGUCAAUGGUCGGACAUAUGUCCCCGAAAGACAAGACGCAGCUGGAAGAGCGCCUCCGUCGUGUACCUGGUGCACCUAGUGCUGAAAAGACCGAGACCGCACCUGCUUCCGCACCCGCACCCAUGGCGACUCAUGCAUCUCGUGUAGCCACCGGCAUUCCACGAUCAGGGUCUCCUGCACCAGGUCCAGUUUCCCGCCUGACAGGGGGCAUUCCCCGCUCAGCGAGUCCUGCAUUGGCACCGCCCUCCCGACUCGCGCGUCCUGGUUCGCCCUCGCAUAUGCGCUCAUCGUCCCCAGCUCCUUCACAACUGGCUCGCCCCGCUUCGCCCGCCGCUCGGGGUUCCCAUAUCGCUGGUCCCUCACACGUCCCCACUCCUACCUCCCCCACUAAUGCAGCGCGCCCAAAGACCUUCCUACCUUCACGAUUGGCCCCUCCACGAUCUCGACUGAACAGCACAGCGACAGCAAGCGGUCUGCCACCGCCUUCGAUCCCAUCUCGAUCAUCCAUGGAUGAUGUCUUCCAGACCAACGGUCAGAAAGGCGGGCUUGUCCGCCGUUUGUACGACGAGCCUGAGGAACGGCAGGAUCCCGCGACCGAGGACAUCACGGUGACAAUAUCCAGCAUCCUCAGCAAUGAUGCAGUAAGGAGCGUCGACGCCCUGAAGAAGAUCCAGAAGGUGCUCGAGAUAGGCCCCGAGCAGGGGCCAUCUUCGCCGGCCUACCAGGAACUCGCAGAGCACACCGAAGGCCUGAUCGAGACUAUCACGUUGCAGAUGGCGCACGUCUUCGAGCAUCCCGAAGAUAUCACGCUCCCCGAGAAUUUCCGCCUAGCGAAGCACCUCAUUCAGACCCUCAACGCGUUCUGUGAUCAUGUCUUCCUGGCGGAGUCUCUGACGGUCGAUAUCCUGACUUCUCUCCUGGAGGAGUUAACUUUGCGCCUUCUCCAAACGGAUAACAGCCAUGAUACCAAGGUCAAGGACCUCUCGCGGUUUAUCAACAUGAUCAUCUUGCGACUGUUCGCCACCGGCAGGAGAAUGUCCAUAUUCCGUGCAUUGUUCGCGCUCUUGCUCAGGAUCGUCAAGCCGUUCCCGGCCAACGGGACUAACGUUGACUCCCAAGAAGCCAAGGUUGCGGAGUUGGUGCUGAAGUGUGUUUGGAAGUUGGCGAGAAACAUUCCUCAAGAUCUCGAGAAGGGUGUCCUGGACCCUGUGGAACUGUUCCCGGCGGUCGAGCACUUCCUGCAAUCUGUUCCGCCAAAUGAGUGGCGUGCUCGCGCGACGAACAAGGUACCAUGUGGAGACAUGCCCCUGAGGACAAUCAAGGUUAUCAUUCAACACGUAGUCGCCCACUAUGGGGACGACGUGUACGACCAUCUUUCUUCGGCCUUCGACGAUCCUUCUGCCACCAUUGUCUAUCCUUACGUGUACCGCAUCCUCAAUUCCUCGAACAAGACUGCCGCCGAAGUUCCUCUCCGCAACUCCGACGUCAUACGCGAGGAGCCGAGGCGACCUACCUCCACACUCAGCCGUCCAAUUUCACCUCAAGAGACCGCGUCCUCACGUUCGGUUACAUCCGAUCCGCACCGUGCAUCGUCCUCGAAUCACACACGAAGUCGGAGCGUUUCGUCUACUGCCGACACUGUGCAGGAACCAGACCUCGACGAUCAACUCAACGUCAUCAUUGACCAUAUCUCCAGCGAGACUACCGGGGCCAUGCACAAAGAGGGUAUCACCGAGCUUCAUCACUACCUCAAGGCGUACCCCCACAAGAAGCCGCGAGUGGAUAAGAUUCUAGAGUCUACUGGGCCCGCGUUCCGCAAGUACAUCACGCGCGCCCUUGCGAGUCGCGCGGCGGAAGACGAGGAACGCAACGUUGCCGUCGCCCAGACUCUCUCGCGUCUGGAAUCUAAUGGGCACGAGCGGAGUAUGAGUAUAUCGAGCAAUCGCGACAUGCUUCCACCUGGAACGCCGACAUCCCCACCGGAGUCUAUGAGCGGACGGGCGGAAACGUCGCCCCGCUCUCCGCCUCGGUCAAGCAUUUCCGACCUUCCACCUCCGCAGCAAGAAAAGCUAUCGAGGCUGCACGAUAUCUUCCAGUACCGGUCGAGUACGACGAGCAACGGGUCGUCGCAGGGGCGUUCGCCGUCGGUGUUUACGGCGCUCCGGGACGGCUGAGAGACCGGGUUGGGGACACGGGAUUAUUGAUCAUUCUGGCUGUAUCUACGCAUGUGUAUACCAAGCAUCGCAUCCGCUUUU